AUGAUCAAAUUUCUCUUUAUGAUCAAUCCCUACCCCUACUUGGCCUAUCGCAAUGAUCCCCACCCUAAAACCCUAGCUUUUUGCCUAUUUCAACCCAACUCUGAUCGGUACGAUCCUGGAUCCAAGAUCACGUACACCAACAUAUUCGAUGCCCUGGUCAACGCGGUAAAGUCGGUCCUGAAGGGGCUGGGGUUCCCAAAUGCAGAGAUCGUCGUAGCUGAGAUCGGGUGGCCAUACUACAGUGACUCCGAUGAGGUCGGUGCGACAGUGGAGAACGCGAGGGCCUUCAUCUGGAACCUGAUGUCCCACCUGAGAUCCAUGAAGGGGACGCUGCUGAUGCUCGAGAAAUCCAUGGAUAUGUAUAUCUUCACCCUCUAUGACAAGGAUCUCAGUCCGGGCCGAUGUCGGAGCGAUCCUUUGGCCUCUUCCGAUCGGAUCUCACCAUGA